AAUUCAAUCUGUUAUAAACUUUGAUUCGACAUGGUUGGGAACGAAGAGGAAAAUAUCAAAGAGAAGUUCUCUUAUAUGCAUGAAAUUAUGCCGGAUUUUCAAAAACGUACGAGAUUGAUGGUUAAAAAUGUUCGGUCUGUCCCAGAAGAAUCAGCUAUGCAUGUCGGCACGGAUGUAAUGACUACAAAAUCAUUAAUGGGUCAGUACUUCGUUGAAUUUGCUAACAAUUCAAGUAUUCAUGGAUUUAAUCAUCUGGUAGCACGUCACAGACAUCCGUUAGAAAGGUUCCUUGUAGCCAUAUUCAUAUUAACUGCUCUUGCAAGUUUAAUUUUUGUUUCCAUAAUUUCUUGGUACCGAUACCAAUACGAUGCUAUCUCAAUAUACUGGAAUCAUGAGUAUAAACUCUUCAGGCUUGCUAAACCGUCGUUUAUUAUAUGCCCGCUAAAUGUAAUCCAGGAUUCGAGCUUCCCUGAAACAUUUAAACGUUAUGGCAUCGAAGACACACCAAAGGCUCGAGCGUUCUUUCAUUUUUUAUCUAAUGCUACUUAUGAAACUAUGAUCGACACACCUGAAUACGAUGAUGCACCGCCAGGACUAUGGCUUAGAAUUUUGUCAGAUUUGAAGAAGGAAUUUUUUUAUGAAACAACUUUUAUUGACAAAGGAAUAUGGAUCGCUACAGAAAAUGGUAUAUGUCUUUCUAUAGGGAACUUAGUUCUUCAAUAUGCCAGUUUGCAAGAUUUGUUAUCUAACAAUUGGACCGUAAUACCUCUACCUAAAUAUCCUCCAGAUCCUCAAGAUUUUGAAGUGGAUAAUAAAGACAUGAAUGAUUCUAAUUAUAUACCAUCAUAUACUUACAAUGAAGAUCAUGGAAAAACAGAAUUAGUGACAACUGAUGCUGAAGUAACGCUUAGCAUACUUGAUCCAAUGGAUUCGUACAACUAUGAAUUCGCAAAAACUAGACAUUAUUUACAAAUUCUUGAAAUACAAACGGUUGUUCUUCGAAUCCUGCAAGCAGACAGUACAAAAAGUAUAUAUAAACUUCCAAUACAUAGAAGAAAAUGCGGAUUUCCUUCGGACAAUGGAUUGGAAUUGUGGCCAAUAUAUACAUACCAAAUGUGUAUGACCGAAUGUAGAUCCCGUAUAAUUAGAAAAAAAUGCGGCUGUUAUCCUCACUUUUUAAGACGUAUAUCUGAUGUUCCUAUCUGUAAUGCUGCACAAUUGCGUUGUAUCGGAAGAAUACAGCGAUCGGAAUCACUUAAUGUUAAAACAUCUUCUUGUAAUUGCCUCGUUAAUUGCAACCAAGUCUCCUAUUUACCGGAGGAAAUUAAAAUAACGAGAUUCAAAAGCGUAUCUCCCUUGAACACCACGAGUUUCAAAAUGACAAUCAGUUUUUCGAAAAACAAAUUUAAACGUAAGGAAUGGUACACUUUUGGGGACUUCCUAACAUCUAUUGGUGGAGCUGCUGGUUUAUUCCUCGGUUGCAGCGUAUUAUCCUUCGUUGAAAUAUUAUAUUAUGGGACUUUACAUUUGUACAUUUAUAUGCAAUACCAUAAACCAAACAAAACCUAAGCUAAGUAUUGAAUAUAUAACGCUACUAAUCAACUAGAUGUGAUAGUUGAAAAAUACUGUUUAUUGCAAAACAAAUUGCAUUUUUGUUAGAGGGACGUGAGACAAAUAAAUAUGACAUACAUACAAAUGUACAUACAUACAUCUUUAAAGACGAUUAUAAACGCACGAUCACUGUACACUAAUUUACAAGAGUAGAAUCACCUAAAAUAUUAUUAGAAAAUGUUUCUUUUCGAGUAACUUUCUUUUCGGAAUAAAGGAUAAACGAUAUAGAAUGAUUAAAAGGAUGCUAAUAUAUCAAUAAAUGGAGUUCCAGGUUCCUUCGCUGCAACUUCGAAUAUUUCGACGAAAGCUUUCUUUUGAGAUUCCUCGGGCAGCUAUACAUAAAAUAAUUAAUUUUAAAAAUACUUACAGAUACAAUUCUAAUUUUAUUUUAUACAUUAUCUUUUCAUGCGUACCUUGUGAUAAAAAUCAUUAGCUGCAAUGCACAAUAUCUUCUUAUCCUCGUAUUCGUAUUUCCCAAUUCUUGAUUGUACAUGUGGGAAUCUAUAUCGAUCUAUGUCAAGGAGCAUAUUAUUUAUUUACUUCUAAAUUCUAAAGAAUACAUUUAAAAGAAAUGGAAAAGGAUACAAAGCUCUCAACCAAUUAUUCGUAGAUGCACUUAUAAAGAAACAUGAGAGACACCAAGUGGACAUAGCCAAUGGUAAACUCUGUAUGAAAUUUGGCAAACUGAAGACCACCCAAUCUUGUAGUAAACUCAGUUGUGUAGACGUACAUGCUCUUUCACAAACCUAUAUUUAAUAUAUCAAAUAUUUUCAAUUCCUUUAACAUUUUAUAUUCACAUUUUUUUAGAUAUUAUAUUUUACGAACUUUAAACACAACGCCAGAAAGCAAUCGAGGAUGUGGUUGUUGAGGUGAUAAAAAUUCACCGAUAACUUUUGUUAAAAUUUGUGAUAGUGGAAAGAAAUCUGCUAAAACACCAGAUAAAACUGAACAAAGAAUCUCUACUUCCAUUGGAUAGCCUUUCUUAAUUCUGUCAAAUAUGGCAGACGUUCGUUCUAUUGAUCGAACCAAUGAUUCUGGUUCAAUAUCCGGUAAUGGUUCUUCAACAUUCGGUUGAUUUAAUCUGUCUGCUGCUUCUGUAUACAUGCAAGUUAAUAGAAGUUGCAAAGCAGGCAAAGCAAACAUCAGACUUGCAUGCCUUAAACGCUCUGUUGCUAUUUUAACAAUUUGUUCUGCUACUUUACCCAUUACACUUUUUGUUAUAAUUAAUCUUUCGAGACCCUAAAAUAAAACGGGUAUAAUAAUUUUUUACUAUUAAAAGAGAAGACAGUUUUUAAAUGAAAUUUAAAAGGUACCUGUAAAAGAGUUUGAUGUAAACUAAUCGAAAUAUUCGGUGACAUGACUAGAGAAAGAACUAGUUCAAGCACAGCAGGAGCUUCUGUAUCGGGUGUUGUAUCCCCUGCAUGUUCUAAUAAGAAAAAUACUAAAGCCCACAUAACUCCUUGAUGUUCUUCACUUUGACUUAAUACCCUAAAAUAAAUGAAAAAAAAUCAUAAGUUUCCAUUCUUCACAAAUAAGAUAAAAAUUACAUUCAAAAUAUUAAUUCGGAACAUAUGGAUUACCCAUCUGUAUCUUGAGUAUCUAUGUGUUUUUGUAUAUAUUCAAUAGUCAAUGGAUGUAAGAUGUUCAUAAUCUCUUCGUAAUUAGCUUGAACUGCACUUUGUAAUAAAUAUAAGACACCAUGAAGUGCUGCUACUCUAGCAGCCAAGAAAACUGAUUUAAGGUUGAUAUCAACCAAACGCUUUACCCUAUCCAAUGUAUCCAGAUCCUAAAAUAACAAUAUUCUUCAAUUAAUAAUAUUAAUAUACAUAUGAUUUUUAUAUUUUUAGCAUAUAUAAUAUAUACCAGUGGUGUUAAUACUGCAGCAGCCUUACAUACAGAUAUUACCAAAUACUGAUGUAAGAUUCCAUUUUCUAUAGAAUGUACUCUUGAUAUUUCUAAGCAAACAUCUAGCAUCCAUUGAUAUUGUGCUCUUUCUACAAAGAGAUCAGAAAUAGCUAGGAGAGAUUUCAUAGUUUCUGUAAGUAAUUGUAUCGGAAUAUUUGCUUGUGGCGACAACCAAGAAGUAUAAAGUUCCACUAAAAAGCGAAGACACGAAUCUACAUCUAAUGAUGCAGACUUUAAUGCAUCAUUCCUUCUGUUUUUUAGUUCAAGUACAGAGGCAUUUAAUUUAUCUUCAUAUAAAUUACACGAUGACCAUAAAUAGGAAACUGAUAAUUGGCUGUAUGUAAA